AUGACAUCUACAGCAAGUACUAUCAUACUCUGUCCAACUUUACGCAAGUCCCUAGCAUCAAAUUCUAGGUCGUCACCGUGGUCAAUUUCUCCACUGCUAUCGCGGACUUCUCUGUGUUUUUCUCGCACUUCACUCCCCUCACUUCCGGUUCUGCAUCGGCACCACCUCUCAUUUUCCACCACUCACAACGCCGCUACACGGCCAUUAGGACCAAACAACACCUUUUUCGACCCCCAAAGCCCCUCCCCCACAAUCGCAAUCCUGGCUCCCAAUCGUCAGUAUUCGACAGCUUCAAAAGCAACGGCCACUGCCCGCCUUAGUCUCAUUUCAAGACAUUUCGAUACAAUUCACCCAUCCUCAUACCCUCCCAUCAACACACCUUAUACCACAGAACGAGCCUCGCUUCCGGCCUCCGACGACGACCUACCAUAUACUCCACCUGCCCCUCCAACCUAUACUCCCCUCCAUCGAUCACCUACCCACACUCAGACCCGACAGCUGUCCACCUCUUCAGCCGCCAGAAUGUCUUCACAGGAGCCGCACCCGUCUCUCCUCAUCCCGGGUCCCAUCGAGAUCACCGAUGAGGUCGCCCGGUCCAUGUCCCAUUAUGCCCAGUCCCACGUCGGCCAGCCGUUCGUCAACACCUUUGGCGAGACUCUCACUCUUCUGCGGGACCUUUUCCAGACCAAGAAUCCCAAGUCGCAGCCUUUGGUGAUUGCAGGCAGUGGUACAUUAGGAUGGGAUCUUGUUGCCGCCAAUCUGAUCGAGCCUGGCGAAGACGCUCUGGUCCUACACUCCGGCUAUUUUGCCGAUUCCUUUGCAGACUGCAUUUCAACCUACGGAGGCAAGCCGACUCAGAUCAAGGCCCCCAUUGGCGAGCGCCCUCAAUUACCCGAGAUCGAAGCUGCCCUAAAGGAAAAGAAGUACAAGGUGUUGACGGUGACCCACGUGGACACUUCGACCGGUGUCUUGUCAGCAAUCAAGCCUCUCGGCGAGCUCAUCAAACGCGUCUCUCCCGACACUCUCCUGAUCGUUGAUGGUGUGUGCUCGGUGGGUGGUGAAGAGCUCGAAUUCGACAACUGGGGAGUUGAUGUUGCAUUGACCGCCUCUCAAAAGGCGAUCGGUGUCCCUCCCGGUCUGUCCAUCACCAUGGUCUCGGAGAAAGCCAUGAAUGUCUUCAACACGCGGAAGUCGCCCCCCGGGUCAUACUAUGCAAGCUUCAAAAACUGGGUCCCUAUUCUGCAAAACUAUGAAGCAAAGAAACCCAGCUACUUUGCUACUCCACCCACUCAGUUAGUUCAGGCUCUGCAUACGUCGCUCAAACAGGUCCUUGCUCGGCCCAUCUCCGAACGCUUUGCCCAGCAUCAAAAGAUCAGCCAGUAUGUCAAGUCAGAGGUUACCAAGAUGGGCUUGAAGCAACUGCCCACCGACCCCGCCAAUGCUGCCAACACCAUGACGGCCAUUUAUUUACCCGAGGGCCUGACCCCACCUGAGAUUCUGCCCAAGCUGAUGUCCAGAGGAGUCAUCUUUGCUGGUGGCUUGCACAAGGAGAUUGCGUCAAGGUACAUUCGCUUUGGUCACAUGGGAAUCACGUCGACAGAUGAGGCACGGGGGGAGAUCGACAAGGCGCUGACCGCCCUCAAGGAGGGGUUGGCGGAGAUCGAUGCUGCUAAAAAGAAGUAA